AAAUACAGAAUGGCUAGUUUGAAAAGGGAAAUAGACAACUUACAGGAGUUGGAACGUCUCACAGCUGAGCUGAGGGCCAAAAUCGAAGAGACCAAAAAAGGUGUUGGAUUGGAAGAAGAUGAUGAAGAGCUAACAAAGCUGCAAUUGGAGAAUAGCAAGUUGAAACAUCGUUUGGCGAUUUUAAAGAAUGCCAUUGAAGUUGAAAAGGGCAGUAGUGGUGGCAAAACAUCCACUACAACAACAAGUGUUGCAGCAAGUAAAGCAUUUACACCCGCCGAAAUACCAGCCGAAAUCAAUACCAUGAUUUCAAUUAGUGAUCACCUGUUGGAUUUGUUUACAAACGCCAUUGCCAAGGCCUUCCCCCAGCUUGCCGGAACUGCAGCAAUAAUUUCGCCGGUAAAUUCAAAUGCCGCCAAAUUUGGUGAUUAUCAAUGUAAUAGUGCAAUGUCCUUGGCCAAGACCCUGAAGGCCAGUGGAGUUAAUAAACCUCCUCGUGAUAUUGCCAAUGAAAUCCUGAAGCAUUGCCAGCCAUCACCUUUGGUGGAAAAACUUGAAGUUGCCGGUGCUGGUUUUAUUAAUGUAUUUCUAAAGAAAUCUUAUGCUGUGGAUGCCUUGACAAAUAUGUUAAAAUCUGGUGUCAAAGCACCCCAUGUGAAGAAACAACGAGUUCUGGUGGAUUUCUCCUCACCCAAUAUUGCCAAGCAAAUGCAUGUUGGUCAUUUGCGUUCGACCAUUAUUGGUGAAUCAAUUUCACGUCUUUUGGAAUUUUUGGGCCAUGAUGUGCUGCGCAUCAAUCAUGUUGGUGAUUGGGGUACGCAAUUCGGUAUGUUGAUUGCCCACUUGGAAGAUAGAUUCCCGAAUUUCUUAAAUGAAAGUCCACCAAUUGGAGAUUUACAAGCAUUCUACAAAGAAUCUAAGAAGAGAUUCGAUGAAGAUGAAGAAUUUAAGAAGCGUGCCUACAACCGUGUAGUUCAACUACAAAGUGGCGAACCCAACUCCACAAAAGCCUGGAAAUUAAUUUGCGAUGUUUCUCGUCUUGAAUUCCAAAAGAUCUAUGAUCGCUUGGAUAUUACCCUCACCGAAAAGGGUGAAUCUUUCUAUCAGUCGUGCAUGAUAGAGGUAGUUAAAUAUUUGGAAUCGAAAAAUCUCUUGGAAUUAGAUGAGGGACGUAAAAUAAUGUGGCCCACUGAUGAAAAGACUGGUAUACCACUGACUGUUGUAAAAUCUGAUGGUGGUUUUACUUAUGACACCUCCGAUAUGGCUGCCAUACGUUAUCGUCUCGAAGAACAGAAAUGUGAUUGGUUAAUUUAUGUUGUUGAUGCCGGACAAAAUACUCAUUUGAAAAAUAUUUAUCUAGCCGCUGAACGUUGUGGUAUUUUAAAUCCCGCCAAACAUAAGGCUGAACAUGUUCAGUUCGGUGUUGUCUUGGGCGAGGAUGGUAAGAAAUUCAAAACCCGGUCAGGCGAAACCGUUAAGCUGUCCGAUUUGUUGGAUGAAGGUUUGAAACGUUCAUUAGACAAAUUGAUUGAAAAGGAACGUGAUAAGGUUUUGACACCGGAAGAAUUGAAGGCUGCCCAGGAAUCGGUUGCCUAUGGUUGUAUUAAAUAUGCCGAUUUAAGUCAUAAUCGCACCAACGAGUAUGUCUUCUCUUUCGACAAAAUGUUGGAAGAUCGUGGCAAUACUGCCGUUUAUCUGUUAUAUGCAUUUACCCGUAUUUGUUCGAUUUCACGUAAUAGUGGUGAAGACUUCUCCGAUUUGGCCAAGGUGCUAGAGACGACCAACAUCGAAUUGGAACACGAAAAGGAAUGGAAAUUGGCCAAGACUUUACUUAAAUUCCCCGACAUCUUGGUGAAAAUCUCCAAAGAUUUGCUGUUACAUAUUUUGUGUGAAUACUGCUACGAAGUAUCAACGGUAUUUUCGGAAUUCUAUGAUAAUUGUUAUUGCAUAGAAAAGAAUAAGGAGGGGCAGAUUGUCAAAGUUAAUCGUAGCCGUAUUUUACUUUGUGAAGCCACAGCUGCUGUAUUAAGGAAAUGCUUCUUUAUAUUGGGUCUGAAACCAGUGGCUAAGAUUUAA